UUCAACAGUUGCUCAACCGUUGAGUGUCGUGAACCCAUCCAUUUUCUUCCCGUUUGAACUAACUUGAAGGGCUGCGUUCGAAAAUGUCACUCGGGUACAUCUGCUGCGUUGGUGUGAGAGAGACAUAAAAAUGAGAUAAAAAAGAGAGAUCCGAGUGACGUUUCCAAAAACGCAGCCAAGAAAGCAAGCGCGAUAGAGGUUGAUUGUGAUUAGAAGUUCAUUGAUGUGCUGAAACUGUGCGUGCUGGUGUUUGUAGUGCAGAUAAGUCAUGCCGAAAGUACGACGAAGCAAGAAACCACCUCCCGAUGGUUGGGAACUGAUUGAACCUACUCUGGAAGAAUUGGAACAGAAGAUGCGCGAAGCUGAGACAGAACCUCACGAGGGUAAAAGGAAACAAGAGUCCUUGUGGCCAAUAUUCAAGAUACAUCAUCAGAAAUCUCGUUACAUUUACGAUUUGUUUUACAGAAGGAAAGCGAUCAGUCGCGAAUUGUACGACUACUGCUUGAACGAGAACAUAGCGGACAAAAACCUGAUAGCCAAGUGGAAGAAGGUUGGCUAUGAAAAUUUGUGUUGCCUGAGAUGCAUCCAAACAAGAGACACAAAUUUCGGCACAAAUUGCAUCUGCAGGGUGCCAAAAGGCAAACUGGAGGAAGGUCGUAUCGUGGAGUGUAUACAUUGUGGUUGCAGAGGGUGUUCAGGUUGAAUGCUAGAGCAGAGGAUUCUGAAGAACCGGAUGACCUUGCAUAAGACUCGAUAUUCAUCCGCAACACAUGAGCAUUCUUUCGCAAAGCAGAGAUCGUAAUGUCUGUACCGAAGCGCAUCCUCGGCAAACGCAUCAGCUUCUCGUCACCAUCCAUGAAGAUCUUACCCCGAGGCGUUAUCAUAAGAGAAGAUCGUCUCUUCAAGGUGUCAUUGCUGCCCCGUGGCUCAUGGACUAGCGCGAUGCCCUCGUCAUCAUUCGCCUCUUGCGAAGCUUCUAAAAA